AGAUAAACAAUUUGCCGACGUCCAGCCGACCGUGAAGCGGCUAGAUAUCCGAUGAAAACCAGGUGGCGCAAUGGUUAAUUAAAAGGGAAAGAAAACGCGACGUCAUCCGCGCGCGUCUCUCUGUCUCUCGAAGCGAGACAUUUGUGCUUGAAUAUAUGUGCAGUUGGAAAGAUAACUGGCGACACGGAGGCGUCUAACACCUGUUAACGAACGCAGCCUCGCCUUCGAGAACGUCGAUACAGUUAUUCCAACUGAAAGAUCGACAUCCUUUAAGGUCACCUACUCCUAAGCGCCUAUCACGAUGGGCAACUCUGCAUACUGGGACAACGACGGAUUCGCUACGCCGAACUUGGACGAUCCUCGCAAACUUGGCAACUUGCGAAGCCCGCGGUUUAUGGAGAAAUCAAUAUUGCAGUACGAAGCCGCGUGGCGUACAGAUAGAUUAUCAAUUAAAAUGGAUCCGCGACAACGUCUGUUUUCGAUUGCAUUAAUUUUAUUAGUACUACUAGCAACACGCAUCCAUGGCAUCCCGCGACCAAUCAAAAUCGGAGCAAUCUUUCAUAAAGGCGAUGAGGAUCUAAUGUCUACGUUCCAAAAAGCAGUCUUUGAAACAAAAUAUGAACAUCUCGCACCCGCAUUCGAGCUUAUCCCUGUCCUUAAGUAUGUCGAGGUUAAUACCGAUAGCUUUAGAACUGCUGAAGCUGCAUGCGAGCUUCUUCAGGAAGGUGUGGCAGCCAUUUUCGGGCCUGCAAGCCGGCACACUCGUGGUAUAGUUGCGAGCAUUGCUGAGCGAUUUAAUAUACCGCAUAUCGAAUACGUCUGGCGGGAAAGUGAGGGAUCAGAAGAGGAAUACGAGAGAAAAAAGGCUUCAAUGACCAUAAAUGUGUUCCCUGCCAGUGAGAAAGUCAGCGAGGCUAUCGCCGAUAUCAUCGAUUCAAUGAAAUGGCGAAACUUCGUAGCGAUUUACGAAAACGACGAGGGAUUGUCGCACCUCCAGAAGACUUUGACACUAAAGGGAGACAAGAAUAAUCCGCUUACACAUACGAUACGACAGCUGAGCGAAGGAACGGAUUAUCGUUCAAUGCUCAAAGAAAUACACUCUUUGGCGGUCUCCAAUAUAAUUAUUGAUGUCCAGCCACAGAACAUCAUACGAGUUCUUAAUCAAGCGAAGGAAGUCAGACUGCUGGCUGAUUAUUACCAAUUUGUCAUAACAUAUUUGGAUUCAUACAAGCUACCUAUUCUCGACGUGCGAAAUGGUACCGUCAAUAUCACCGGACUCAGCUUGAGGGAAAAUGACGUAGAUGGAAUUGAAUGGCUAGAUUCAGCAAUUCUCUAUGACGCAGUAUUUUUGCUGAAUACAGCACUAGAGGUCCUGAAUGCGAGAAUGGAUAAAGAGGGAUAUAUUGAUCCUAUAUCACUCUCUUGUAUAUCCAAUAAUACUGAAAAGUAUAAAGCAGGAUGUGAUAUUAUCGGCAUUAUGAAAGAGGUAAGUUCUUUCUCUUAUCAUAUUGCUUCCUCAUAGAGGAAGCUUUGUUUU